AUGUGUCUCUACAUGGCCAUCGUGGUGUACGCUCCGGCACUCGCCCUCUCCCAAGUCACGGGGAUGAACGUAUAUUUCUCCGUCAGUCUCAUCUCCUUCGUCUGUAUCUUCUACACCACACUUGGGGGCAUGAAGGCCGUGUUGUGGACGGAUGCUAUACAGGUCAUCAUCAUGUUCGGCAGCGUGCUCUUCGUCAUCAUCAAAGGCACGAUUGACAUGGGCGGCUUCGAGUACGUGUGGGCGAAGAACAAGGAGUGGGACCGCAUCGAACUGGUGAACUUUGACCCGAACCCGACGACCCGCCACUCCAUCUGGUCGCUGAUCAUCGGCGGGUACUUCACCUGGAUCGCCAAUUACGGGGUGAAUCAGGCACAGGUGCAACGCUACCUCUGCGUCAGAACCAAGGCGAUGGUGGAACGCGCCCUCUGGAUCAACAUGGCGGGCCUCUUCGUCCUCAUGAUCUCCUGCGCCUUCGGGGGCCUCGUCAUCUUCGCCCGCUACUGGGACUGCGACCCCAUCAGCGCGGGCGUGGUCAGCUCGGCCGAUCAGCUGAUGCCCCUCUUUGUCAUGGACAUCCUCGCGGCUGGAGGGCCUGCCGGCUCUUCGUGCGGGGAUCUUCGCCGGGCCCUCAGCACCGUCUCAUCCGGCAUGAACUCCCUGGCCGCCAUUGUCCUCGAAGACUUCCUGAAGAACGGCUGCUACAAGACCAUCUCCGAGAGGGCGUCGACGGUGGCCUCCAAGCUGCUGUCGCUCCUCUUCGGGCUCUUGACGUUCGCCCUCGUGUUCGUGGCGGAGCAGCUCGGGGGCGUCUUGUCGGCUGCCCUUAGCAUCUUUGGCAUGGUGGGAGGACCUCUUCUCGGUCUCUUCUCCUUGGGUAUGUUCUUCCCUUGGGCCAACAGCGUGGGCGCCGCCGUCGGCCACGUCUGCGGCCUCGCCUUCAUGUUCUGGAUCGGCGUCGGCACGCAGGUCGGCCUCGCGACGGGUGACGUCACGUACCCGAAGAAGCCGCUCAGCGUCAGCGCUGCAACUUCACCGGAACCACCGCCGGGUUCGCGUCGACCGAGGCGGCCUGUGCCUUUUUUGAUGCCCAAUUUUGGGCCUCUUUUGAUGCCCAAUUUUGAGCUAUGUGCCACUUUUGAUACUGUUUUGAACCUUGUACCUCCCUCAGGAAUCCUAGGACUCUACAACCUGUCCUACAUGUGGUACUCCGCUACAGGAUGCUUUACGGUGAUUGUCGUAGGAUUGGUGGUCUCCUUGCUGACGGGCGGAAGGGAUCUGGGAAGUCUCGAUCCCCGCACGCUCUCGCCGCCGUUGCUGUGGCUGAGGAAGUGGGUGCCGGCGCUGAGGGCCGUCGGGGAGAAUCUGAACGACGAGCUAGACGAACUUCGCGAGACCUCGACCUCCGAGAAGGACGGCGGCGACCUGACCUCCGGCGACCUGACCUCCAUCAUCUCCAAACUCCCCCGAGGACGCUGGACGGAUCCCUGAAGGAGGGAAGACAGACAAGCCGCCCGUCGUGCUGGACGCCCGGCGCUCCCACGUGAAGACCCUGCGAAGUUGAAGUCGUCGAUGUCUGACUCCGCCUUCGAGGACGGUUCCAGCAGCUUGGGAAUCCUGGAGGAGGAGAAGGAGGAGGAGGA